AUGGCUAUCGACCUCGCAGCCGUAGCUGCAAAAAUGCAAGCUUUGAUCGAAGCAUUCGAAUCCCACCCAGAAAACCAGCCACCAACCCCGAACCCUACCAUCUUCUUCACCUACGACUUCAUCCGCAACACCUACAACCAGCUCAAAGCCAUCGACGCCGCCAAAUACGCCGCCGGCGACGGAGCCGCCAAAGAGGCCGUCACAGAAGUAGUCGGGCGCAACAAUUUUUCCAACGUUCUCAUCAGCGAUACCAGCGGUAAAAUGUCUGUCGUGAUGGGAGGUGGUCCUGGCUCCGCACCUCCCAACUUCGGACCUGAGAUUAAAACCAAGGCCCAAGAGCUCGUUGCUACCGCUGCCGCUUAA